CAAAGUUUCUGUGAUGUAACUAAACGUUAUCAAACUGUUUAUACCUAAACCACUACAGUUCUGUUGUCCUAGUGUUUACGUUUCGUUUCUGAUUCAGUGUGCAGUGAGGACGGUGAUUUGAAUUUCGAAUUGUGAUGAGUUGACCUAAGUGCAAUAUCUAAUAAAUAAACACGAAAGUGCAAAACACAGUGCAAUAAUGCCGCGGUGAUGCGUGCGAACAAGUGCAAAAAAGUGAAAUUCAAGUGUCCAAAGUGAAAAUGCUACGCCACGACGCAAAUAUGGACUCGAAUUUCCUCACAGCCGACCCCCCACCCAUAACCGACAUGGACUAUCAACCUAAAACGGACUUGGCCACAGAAUAUUUCAACACAUUCAAUCAAAUCUGCGAGAACUACAGACCGGAAUCUGACGUGAAUUUGCGACAAACUUCGGACUCUUUGAGACUGUCGUCAGAGAUUUUGGACGGGGUUAGAUCAGAGUUUAUAACGACAGAUUUCUCUGACAAAGUGAGUGAUGUCGAGAAGUUUUUGAGCGGGAAGGAGCAGAUAUUUCAGUUCGGGCAGCCCGAUGCCUCGGCGCUGUUGAGGCAUAGGGCGAGACGGAGGUUUAACGAGGAGCAUGGGUUGCCGCAGGCGGCCACCAGCCAAGAAAGCGGGUAUGGCAGCGACGAAUUCGGCCACGACUCACCGAGCCGGUACGCGUCACCAAAAGGCGCUGGUGGGGGCGCGUAUCAAGAACCAUACUACGCGGGCGGCGAAUGGGCGGGCGGGUACUACCAGCCCCCGCCGCCCUACCAACAUGACACGUACGGGGCGUCACCUGGCCUGCCCGGCGCGCCGAGCGAGCCCGCGGGGGCGGAGCUCCCGCUGCCGCCGAUGUCGUCGUUCCGCGCCGCCGCGCCCCACCACUCGCCCACCGACAUGCUCGUCUCCAAGCCCCUGCAGCCCAUGUACGCGUCAGCGAGCACACCGACGGUAGCGGGGGAGGCCGGCAGCCUCUCCUCGUACGGCUCCUCGCCGUCCACCCCCGUGCACUCCCCCCCGCCGCUGCCGGCGCGGCUGUACCCCCCUCUCAAGCACAGUCCGCACAUGCACCACCACGCGCAGGGCCCCAACUGGGUGGCCAGCGGAGUCUCGUCGCCCGGCAGCGCGGGCACGCCGCACCCGCACGGCGUCGUGCUCCCCAACGGGCACCAGCACGUCGCCGUCUUCCCGCCCAAUGUUAUGGGCGCGCCGGCGGAGCAGCGGCAGCUCGACGAGGCCAUGGUGUUCCUCCGCGAGCAUUCCGACGUCGGUGGCGCCAGAAUGGAAGAGAGGUUGGACGACGCCAUCAACGUGCUCCGCAACCACGCGGAAGCCCCCGAGCUGUACCCGCAGGAUGUUCACCACCAGCCACCAGUGUCGCGGCUGGGCCCCGCCCCGGGCAUCCCGCAGCUGCACGGCGAGCCGCCCGUCAAGAUGGAGCGGCACGUGCUGCCCAACACCAGUACGUAUCCAAAGAAGCGUAAAGAGCCCCCGGACUCCGGGCUGGACUCGAAACCCUCCUCGUCGGGCUCCGCCGACCUCGCCAAGCCCGGCUCCAAGCGCUCCCGGAGAUACGUCCCCGCCGCGCCGGCCUCCGACUUCGGCCGGUGUCGCCCGGGCCCGGGCCCCGGCCCCGAUGCAAUCUGCUCGUCGGCGGACGAGGACGACGUGGACCCGGACACGAAGGCGGCGCGCGAGAGAGAGCGCCGGCAAGCCAACAACGUGCGGGAGAGCUGUUCGUCGGCGGACGAGGGCGACGACGAGGGCGACCCUCAGGCCAAGGCCAUGCGCGAGAAAGAGAGGCGGCAAGCCAACAAUGCGAGGGAACGGAUAAGAAUACGGGAUAUAAAUGAGGCGUUGAAGGAGCUCGGGCGCAUGUGCAUGACGCACUUGAAGAGUGACAAGCCGCAGACCAAGCUGGGGAUCUUAAACAUGGCGGUGGAAGUUAUUAUGACGCUCGAGCAGCAAGUCAGAGAGCGUAACCUGAACCCCAAGGCCGCCUGCCUGAAGCGACGCGAGGAGGAGAAGGCCGAGGAGGCGCCCAAGCUGCUCGCCGCCCCCCUACACCACUACCAACCCAUGCCGGGCAUGGGCCAACUCCCCGGGCAGCCCCCCUCCGGCCCCGCGCCGCAAUAGCGACGCCCCCCCGCGCCCCCGUGUCGCGCGCCCGACCUACACACACAUACACACCUAUAACUGCCCACUUUCAACCUUACUGUAUUAACAUUAAGGUUCACUGAUGGUUAGCAAGUGCUACCGG